AUGUCAUCAAUGCGUGGCAACCCGCCUAAAAAGGGACUUUUUCAACCUCUUGAAUCCGCAACUAAAGAUUACCAAGAUGAAGCUGAAACACGUGACUCGAAACUCAAGGCCGUAUGGGACAAUCAGAUGGGGGACCUAGAGAACAAAUACAUCCCCUACAAGAAUGCAUUCGUUCUUCUGUUGUCCUGGCACAAGGAUAUCGAUGAUUUGAAAACAGACAAAGAGGUCACCGCUCUGGAAGAUCUUUUCAAGCAGAAGUUCAUGUACAAGACGAUCAGGAAGACCUUGAGGAACGACCCAAGGAGGUCGGCCCAGGCUCAAGUGAAUCGACAUCUCGCCGAAUUUGUUGACGAUCACGACGACACAAAUACUCUGUUGAUCGUAUACUAUGCUGGUCAUGGCAGACCAGGCAAUGUUCCAGGAGCUUUGAGAUUGACUGGGUCGACCUCGUUGCGGACUGAGGACGACAGUGAACUUCACGAAAUUGUCUGGAGCUCAGCUGAGCACAACAUAAAAAAAACGAGAGCGGAUGUCCUCGUUAUUUUUGAUUGCUGCCACGCUGGAGAACUAGAGCGCAAUGUCAGGGGGCACUACAAUCGCCGUGCGUUUGAAUUUCUGGCCGCGACGUCUGCAAAAUCGACCACGAAAAAGCCAGGCAAAGAGUCAUUCACAUCAGCUCUUAUAUGGUCACUGACUCGUCUCGUCGAGCAAGGGAGCUUCAGCACCCAAGAGUUGCUUCGAACAAUACAGAAUGAAGCGCCAUAUUUCCCAGAAGAUCAAUCCCCUAGGCUGUCAGAAAGGCAACCUUCUUCUCAACGGAAGAUCAUGUUUGCUCCGCUGACCGAUGAUUAUGUAAAGAAAGCAACCGAAGCCUCCAAGGCAGAUGACGAAGAAGAUUUUGAUGACGAAAUGAGACAAGAUUUGCUACUCCGUUUUGUCUUUGACAAAGAUAUCACAGAAUCAAUGGUUACGGAAAUUGCUAGACACAUGCAGCACCUCAUCCGAGACAGAGAUAUCAAAGCAAAGACUGUCUCUUGGGAAGGUAUCAACAUGCUAGCGAGUUUGCGAUACAAGAACGCCAUGGUUGCACAACCAUGGAUUCGCUAUUUUUCCAACAGGCUAUCUCUUAUGAGAAACCGCUCAGAAGCAUCAUCCGCAGAGGAUGCUAUACCAUCAAAAGCUUCAAUAGUGGUCUCAGAUGAAGCUGUUCAGGUAUCCAUGCCGUCCGGUCCAUCUUCUGUGGACGAGGAUUUCGUCACUACACCAAAUCCAAGCAGUUCCGCCGAGCCGGAAAUUAGCGAGGAUCAUGGAGCUUCCGCUGGGAAACCAUUGUCUCUAGACACUGGUGGCUGUAGUGUUUCACGAUUGCCUAGCUUCAAUGAUCGCGGUCACAUUGCACAUACACCGGGCCUUGCAAUGCCAAAUCUUCGCAAAAGAGGACGAGACACUAAAAAUGACCAUGAGUUGUCUGCUUUCGCCAAACGUGGCAAAAUUGACGGUAAGGACCAAUCAGUGAGGGAGGCUGGCGGUGGACUAAGAAGUGGCACUAGAUAUAACACGCUCUGA